CCAGGAUACCCACUCUUCACCCUCCUAGCUCGCCUGGCUAUGUGUCUGCUGCCAUCGCUCUCUCCAGCCCACAGUGUCAACCUGAUGAGUAGCCUCUUGGGGGCUGCAGCUUGUGGUGGCCUCUGCAUUACUGUCUGCAGGUUCUCAUCGGCUCUGAAGUAGACCCCCCCACACCACCACCACCACCACCCAAACAAAUCAUUGCUUUGUGUGAUUAUGUUCAGAUGGCAAAAUAUAUUGAAGUUAAUACGGGUACUUGAAGGCAGUUUCUCUCAAAUAAUAAAUUGUAAGACCUUGAAAUUCAUCUGGAAUAUACCCAACAUGGCAAGCCUUUGAUGUAUCAAUUUAAAUUAGUCGGCCAGAUUGCCGUGUUUAAUGUGGGGGAAUGUAAGUUGAUAGGCUUGGAAGCCACUUCUCUCUCUUGCAUAAGUUUAAAUGUAGCACUUUAGCCUCCCUUUGAUUUGUCAAUUACAGUUCUCUGGGCUUGAUCAUAUGGUUUGAUGGCCAAAUUGCAUGUCUUGUUAUGUUUUCACACCAUGGCCUGACAAGCCUUUGAGGAUGGUGGACGUAAUGAUAAUUACUAUCGAUUGCAGUUGGAGGUUCACAGAAAGAAACAUUUGGCUCAUGGAAUGCUAAAGGCCUCAGCCAUGAGUCUCUGGAGGAAUGCACCCUUCAUAGCGGGAUAAUCCAGACAGCUCGGUAUUCUGUGCUCUCUCGUUUCACAGUUUAUCUGCUAAAGCUGCUCUGAAUCUCUGCUACCUGUGAGGAAUCUCUCUCCAUUCCUGAGCUUAUCCUGAGAAACCAGGAGCAGACAUGUUAGCGUGCUGACAGCCAUCGCAGCAGAAAAACAACCUCGUAACACUCAGCCAUCAGCACUUUUGGUGUGAUCACAUGAUUACGUAACAGGCCUGUUGAAGCACACCAAACGUGUCUGGCCUCCCUUUUCCCUGGCGGCCCUCGAAAGAAAAUGCACACCUGCGAGAGGCUCCCCCGCCAAGAGCUGGCCCAUGUGGCACAUCUGAUACCUCAGUGGACGGGAGGGUGGGCGUGGUGCCAUCCCCUGCCUUGUACUGCAUCCCCAGCUCCUUAUAAGGACCUCCACCAUAUGGUCCUGAUGGCGCUUUUCCUUCUUGCUCAGGUUGGCAGGUCCUGGUCCUGGAGCAGUUCUGGCUGGAGGGCUGUUUGCUGUGUCCAGACUCAGCUGGCAGUGGUCCAUGGUGGCAGAGGUCUUCACCCUCAACAACCUUUUUGUUGGCCUUCUCUUCUUCUUGACCGCCAGCUUCCAUUGUGCUGAAAGCGCCACGCAGAGGAGGAAGAUUGCACACUGGGGCGCAUUAUGCAGCGGCUUGGGCCUCUGUAACCAGCACACCCUGGUGCUGUAUGUAUUGGUCAUCAUUCCCUGGGUCCUUUAUCGACUCUACUCUCAGAAGGAGCUGUCUUUUCAUGGCCUUUUGUCUUUGGGAUUGUGUUUCCUCGCUGGUUUUCUGCCGUAUAUCUACCUGCCCAUCUCAUCCUACCUCAACACAGCCCGCUGGAGCUGGGGGGACCAGACCACCCUGUCAGGACUGCUGAUCCACCUGCUAAGGAGUGAAUAUGGCACAUUCAGUCUCGCAAAGACAGAAGGCUCUGUGAACCUGACCACAAUGUUACAGGCCCAGCUGGACCACUGCCUGGCAGAACUUUCACCUCCUGUUUUGGUGCUGGCAGGAAUAGGCGUCGUCCUCUCCUCGUGGGACAGGACUUGCUGCUCAGUGUCCUGGCUGUUGACUGCCAUGCUGGUGGUCUACUCACUGUUUUUUGCUUGGAGAGCUAACCUGGACAUCAGCAGACCCUUGCUGCUUGGAGUGGUUGAGCGUUUCUGGCUCCAGAGUGACGCUGCGGUGUGUGUGCUGGCAGGCCUCGGCUUGAGCCGGACUCACACUGAGCUGGAGAGGAGGCUCGGCCAUGGGGGGGUGUGGAAGACCACAGGCUGGCUUCUCACUGUAGCUCUGCUGGCACAUAUGGUGCGCACCAAUCACAGGGAGUGUGAUCAGAGCAGUAACAGUGUGGUGGAGAGGUUCGGCAGGGAGCUUCUGGCCUCCGUCCCAGCAGACUCGAUCAUCCUGACCAGAGGAGACCUGCCCGGAAACUCUCUGCGUUACUUACACUACUGCCAGGGGGUACGACCCGAUGUCCGCCUGGUCGAUCAGGAGAUGAUGACAUACACUUGGUAUGUGGCCAAGCUCGCACAGCACCACCCUGGGGUCCACUUUCCCGGCCGCUGGUGGGAUCCGGUGCACCCUGAGGAGAAAGACACCUUCAGCCUCGAGCAGUUUCUGUCCCUCAACCCACAGAGGGAUAUGUUUGCCUGCAUUGGGCUGCCUGAUGGAGACCUAAGCUGGGAACGUAGUUUCUCUCGCUGGCCCCUCGGUGUGUGUGAUUACUUAGUACCUGUCCAGAGGCAGUUUCACCCUGAAGAGUGGGCUCAUCGCACCCGCAACAUCUACAACUGGAGCGAGCCUUACAACAGUUUCCACCCUGCGUCCUGGGAGCGUGUUGCUAAUGAGGAGAUGUGGCAAGCCAGGAUGAAGACGGCUUUCUUUCUGUUUGACCUGGCAGAAAGGAUGCAGGGAGAGGGGAAAGCUCGCCUCUUUGAGCUGUCUUACACUCUGUAUAAGGAGAUUGUAGGGGCCCACUCAGACUACCCGCCAAACUGGGACAAGAACCUGGCACUGGCUUGCGAGAGGCUGCUCCGCUCAGGUCACCGGGGCUACAGUCCAGACAGCCUGCUGACCUGCAGCGCCCAGCACUUUAGUCUCUACUUAGAGAAGGAACCCACUGAUCCCCAGGCACCCGCCAUACGCUCGGCCAUUACACACCUGCUCAGAGAGAGAGACAGGCUGCGCCAGAGCCGGAAGCAAACGCCAUGAUGAAGAUCCAGACGGACUGACGUGGAGCUGGCAGACUGAGCGUGUGCCGCAAGCCCAGAUGAAGUGCAGGGCUGUGGGAAUUAAGUCUGAGUCAGUGUGCCUCUUCUCACGGUGGUCCUCCAGAAGGAUAGAGACUGAUGCAGUGGUGUUUGGUUUGGCUAAAUAUACUUAAACAAAUCAGAGUCAGCAAUCGGAAUAACGAAGAAUGCCAAUGCAUAAAUACUCUACUCAAGUUAUCAAACUACAUCAUCAACUCUGUGUAAGCGACAUACUUGCACUUACUCAUUUGAUGAAUGUUUACAGUGGACCCCGGACAGAGCUUGACUUCAGGAAGCCUUGACUGACCUCAAUCUAGCUCUGCGUGCUCCCUUUAAAGCACCCAUUCAGUUGCUUUAUCGUUGCAUCUCAUUCUUUUUCCUCUCCUAUUCUGCUCUCAGAGCUUUUAACGUGCUGAUUAUUUUGCCUCAGCCUCUGCUCCACUUCUCUUUUUCUCACAUUAGGAUGGCAGGGCUGAGAUUGAGGGAAACCCAAUUUGGGGGCAGAAAUGGGGGAUUAGAGCAGCUGUUUAAUCUAGGACAGACUUGCGCUGUGCCAUGCAGUCCUCACUCCACAUCAACAGCACUGCCACCCACCCACCCCUCCAUCCUUCCAUCAGUCUAUCUUAGAUGGUCCUUUAAAUGUUUAAAACUAAUGGAUUCGAUGAGUGUUUUUUUUUCCUCUUUUCCUUCCUGACAGGAGGGCUAUAAUCCCUCAUGGAUUUAAAUGAAAUGUGAAAUGUCACAAUGCCAGGGACCCUUUUAGAGGUGUGUCUGUGUGUGUGUGCGCGCAUGUGUGAUUUAUGUUCAUAUGUGUGUGUAAACAUAUUUAAAUCUCCACUCAAGCCCUUUCCCUGACAGAGCUGUACAUAAACAUAUUCGAUAAAUAGUUUGGUACACUGAAAAGCAAAAGACUUUGAUCACUAGAGAAGCAUAAAACUCAUGCAAACUCCAGGGACAUACGUAGACACAUAAGACUAUCAGCUCCCAACUCGGAAGAAAAUGGACUUUUAGCUUUGUGAGCUUUGGAGAGAACGGGUGGCAAACAAACCACAGUGGACCAGGGAUUCACACCCUCAUGUCUUUGUAUGUCUUUGAUGCGUUCUCAGGAUCUGACACCUCAGUUACACACUGUUUUUGUAAACGUUAGUGUUGAUGUUAAUGAGUCUUGUGCCAUGAAAUUUGUUAUACAGAGGUCAAACCAGCAUAUUGCCAUCAGCUUUGUAAAACACUGCUGAAGCAGCCUGCUGUUUGAGAUACCACUCGAAAGUGAAGGACAGUAAGUGCAUGUGUAGUUUUCUCAGAAAGUAAUCUGCCCUCUCUGUUCGCAGGCCUGGUUAGCGGCUGUCAGCUGGCUGGAUGAUGAGGUUUGACCUGCUGUAGCACAGAUGGUUCAGUUUCUCAUAAAAAAAGGGAAAACUGUCACUCUGCUUUCUACAGAUUAAAAUAUUUCAAUAAAGAUGCCUUUUUUAAAUAGA